UUUAUUUCCACAUAUUCAAACCACCAGCAACAAUGACACAUUAAUGACUCAUACAAUCAAAAGUUGUUAACUUACACCAUCUUUAUGGGCUUAUAUAUAUCAUGACUUAGAACACAAUACUCAUCAACUCUAUCAGUAAGUUUCAUUAUCCGCAAGGCAGCCAAAUCAUAUCAGUCUGACUUUAAAAGCAUGGAUAACAGACUCUCAAACAUCGUCAUGGGCAUUCCGAUCACAUCGACAAGAGGAUUAUUAUCGUCUAAACCUUAUCAACCUCAAUACCCUUUUUCCACUUCCAAAAUCAAUGGCAUAGAAGGAAAAGGCAGUUGUGCGACGCUGAUUAAAAAUUACGUGAGCUUAGGACCCAAACUAAUUGAAAUGGUGAAACAAAAGUUGAGUUAUGGUGCCAACAUCCUUCCACUUGGCCGCGAAGGAAAAAUAUUCAGGAAAAAGUUCAGUACCAUGGACAGUGAGGAGUUGUUGCAUGCAACUCAGUGCUACCUAUACACUACAGCUGGUGCAAUUGCCGGCAUGCUAUUCGUCUCUACCGAAAGGGUAGGAUUUUGCAGUAAUAGGUCCCUGAAAAUGCAUUCUACUAUAGGGGAGGUUUUGAAGUUCCAAUAUAAGGUCUCAAUCCCACUAGGAAAGAUAAAAGGAGUAGGAGAGAGCAUGAACUUGAAGAAGCCAUCAAAUAAGUAUGUGGAGUUGGUGACUGUGGAUGAUUUCAACUUCUGGUUUUUAGGCUUCCCAAAUUAUAGGAAAACUUUAAGAUACCUUCAUCAGAUAUUUAGUAUUGCUUGUUAAAGAUAUAGAUGUAGAAACAGUAAUGUUUCAUAUUAUGUAAAUAUCAAACAUACAGCAUUUUCUAGCAUGACUACUUUGUCCAAUAGGAAGAUACAUAUAUAUUUACUUUAGAACAGAAAAGAAUCACAGAGAUUUCAUUUCCUGUGUCUUGUAUGUU